GGAGCCGUAGUCCGCUCUGCUCGACUCGCAACGCCGGUGGAACCCACAGCUCAACCUGCUCUCGCCUCGCCCUGCAGAAUCACCAUCAAAAAAACCGACUUGAGCGCCCGGGAUCUCAAGACGCUGCGAUCAGCUGUUCUAUGAAUGUGUUAUACCCGCCUCCCGUCGCACGUCGUCUUCUGUAUCUACUUUUGAAGUUGUUCCCUCUGGUACCAGCUCGGCCCGGAGCAAGCAACACUACCUCUGUCUCGAUUACGCCAUCAACCUCCCAUUCAUCAUCCGCACUGAUCCCCAGAAGCCUCCCAUCGAUCCGCGGAGUUACCGCACCGCCUCCACCGCUGUCCAGCGAUCGGCGUCCAGCUUGUGCAAUUUCGAACAGGAUACGGCUCUGUCCUCGGUGGAACCCGCGGACAUGCAAUCAAUGAUUCGAACAAACCGUCACCUCAAGGGCCGGAGGUUGCGGCAUCCCCUCUGGCCUUGGCUGCACCAGCUCGGGAUCACAGUCCAGAAUACACGAUCAGCCAUGAUCAGCAAUGGUUCUUUCGAUUGAGACAUGCUGGGUUCGUUCGUUGACCGCAAGAUCCAUAUUGCAGCAUCGGGAUCAAGCGUGGCGGACUGGGCGGACAGGGUCGGUUGACUUGAGUGGGAUGUUCAUCGUGCUGAAAUAGUCAUGGCACAGAUCCUAACUUCAGACACAAGCAACGACCAAGUGGGUAACAUCGUCUCCCUGGGUGUCCGUCCCAUGGAGUCAGUCCGCCCCGUGAAGCCAGUCCAAUAUCUCUGCAGUCGACAUCUCAUCGGCCCAGUC